AUCCUGCCAGGACCUGUGUGGCAGUUACACCUUCAUCCCCUACGUGGUGACGGCCCACGAUGAGGUGAUGUGCUGCGAGGGCAGCGCCGCGCCGUGCCCCACCGAGCUCCUCCAGCCCGGCUGCGACGCGGAGCCCUUCACCCCGCUGACGGCGCGGCUCGUGCGGCUGCUGGAGGGGGUCCCCACCAACUCCUGCGGGUAUUUUCGGGAGACCCUCCGGCGCGACAUCCGCCGGGCGCGGGAGCUGUUCCGGGGCGAGCAGCUGAGCCGGGAGCUGAGGCGCAUCCAGCAGCGCCUGGACUGCGUGGAGCUGCUCAGCCUGGACAUCGUGGUCAGCCUGCUGCUGUCCUACCGCGACGCGCAGGAUUACGACUCCAUCAUCUCGCUGGUGGACACCCUGCGCGCCCUGCCCACCUGCGACGUGGCCGAGCAGCCCAACGUCCGCUUCCACUACGCCUUCGCCCUCAGCCGGCGCAACCGCGCCGGGGAUCGCGAGAAGGCCUUGUCGGUGCUGCUGCCCGCUGUGCAGCGCCGGGACACGGCGGCACCCGACCUGCUCUGCCUCUGCGGCCGCAUCUACAAAGACACGUUCAUCAGCUCCGGCCUCGCCGACACCGAGGCGCGGGACCGAGCGCUGUACUGGUACAGCAAAGCCUUCGAGCUGGAGCCCAGCCUCCACGCGGGCAUCAACGCCGCCGUGCUCCUCGUCGCCUGCGGGCAUCGCUUCGACACCUCGCUGCGGCUGCAGCACAUCGGCGUGAAGCUGAGCUGCCUGCAGGGCCGUAAGGGCAGCCUGGAGGAGCUGCGGCACUACUGGGACGUGGGCUUCUGCCUGGGGGCCGGCAUCUUGGCCAACGACCUGGGCAAAGUCAUCCAGGCCUCCGAGAAGCUCUACAAGCUCAACGCGCCGGGAUGGUACCUGGUGUCUGUCAUGGAGACGUUCCUGCUCUACAAACACUUCCAGGGGAGCCCGGCGGUGCCGUCCGCCCGGCAGGAGCUGGCUGAUUUCUGGCUGGGCUUCCUCCUCGCCUCCUGCCAGCCCCGCGCGCCCGAGCCGCGCUGCCCGGUCCUGGUCCUGGAGCGUGGCAAGGUGCUGCUGCCGGCACGGCUGGCGGUGCGUGGCACGGCGGAGGAGCCCGCUGUGAUGCUCGCCCUCGUGUGCCCCACGGAGGAGAAAGCGGUGUCAAGCUGGAGCUUCACCCCUGCAGCCAUCCGGGGCGUCAGCAUCUGCAAGAGCGACGAGCGGGGCUGCUUCCUCUACGUGGUGCACGCGGAGGAGGACUUCCAGCUGUACUUCCCCUCCCAGCAGCACUGCCAGUGGUUCUGUGACCGGGUCCAAUCCUUCCUCGCGGAGCAGGGCGGUGAGGAGCUGCCCAGCAGCGCGCAGCCCAUCCUGGAGUACAGCUACGAGUACACGGAGUCGGGUGAGCGCGUGGUCCUGGGCAGGGGCACUUACGGGGUCGUCUAUGCCGGGCGCUGCCUCGGCACCCAAGUGAGGAUCGCCAUCAAGGAGAUCCCGGAGCGGGACAGCCGGAGCUCGCAGCCCUUGCACGAGGAGAUCGCCUUGCACAAGCGCCUGCGGCACAGGAACAUCGUGCGGUACCUGGGCUCCGUCAGCCAGGAUGGCUUCAUCAAGAUCUUCAUGGAGGAGGUGCCCGGAGGGAGCCUCUCGUCCUUGCUGCGCUCCAAGUGGGGUCCCCUGAAGGACAACGAGCCCACCAUCGUCUUCUACACCCGCCAGAUCCUCGAUGGGCUCAGCUACCUCCACGACAACCACAUCGUGCACCGCGACAUCAAGGGGGACAACGUCCUCAUCAACACGUACAGCGGGGUGCUCAAGAUCUCCGACUUCGGCACCUCCAAGCGCCUGGCGGGCAUCAGCCCCAGCGCCGACAGCUUCGCGGGCACCCUGCAGUACAUGGCCCCCGAAAUCAUCGACCGAGGGCCGUGGGGCUACGGGAAGCCGGCGGAUAUCUGGUCCUUGGGCUGCACCGUCAUCGAGAUGGCCACGGGCAAACCCCCGUUCUACGAGCUGGGCAGCCCCCAGGCGGCGAUGUUCAAGCCCGUCCCGCAGGUGGGGAUGUUCAAGGCGCACCCGGAGGUGCCCGGCUCCAUGUCGGACGAGGCCAAGGCUUUCAUCCUGCGCUGCUUCGAGGCCGACCCGGCCAAGCGCGCGACGGCGGCCGCGUUGCUGCAGGACCCGUUCCUGGACGCUGCCAGGCGUGCCCGCAGCCAGACAGUGCCUGCGGCGAGGGGUGAGCUGGGGGGGCACGGGGGGUCCCAUCGCGGCUGCCCGCUGACCUCCUCCCCCCCCGUCCUCUCCCUGGCAGGCAGUUCUCCCCGCUGGGAGCGCCGCGAUGGGGACACGGUGGGGACCGAUGGCAGCGAGGGAUGCGCCUCUGCCAUGCGGGGCAUUGGGGUGGGGGGCACGGCGGGCAGCCCCCCGCUCCCGCACCGCCGCAGCGUGGCAGCACCCGGCUGCAGCAGCGCUGCCCAGGGCUCGGCCGGCUCCGACCUCACCCCGCGCUCGUCCUCGCCCGAGGAGAGCAGGGACAGCUUCUUGCUGCGCAAGGACAUCCAGCACCGCACCGCGCUGCUGCGCGUCCUCAGCACCGAGGCGCCGGGCAUCGCCGCGGCCAUGCAGGAUUGCCAGGUGGGUGCGGGGCACGCGGCGCGCGGCGGGGAUGGGAUGGAGCCCAUGCUGGGGCUUUUCUCACCCUCGCAGAGCACGGCGGGACCGCGGCUGAGCUCGGAGCACAUCGCCCAGCUGCUGAGCUGCCUGCGGAGCUACAUCCAGAGCCCACAGCGGCCCCGGCUGCGCCGCCAGCUCCUGCAGCUGCAAGCACGGCUGCAGGCGGACGGCAUCGGCCUGCACCGGCUGCGGGCCCCGCUGCUCCGCUUCCAGGAGGUGGUGACGCGGGCGCUGCGCCAGCCCCACAUCAGGCCGCACUGGGUGUUUGCUCUGGACGCUGCCGUCAGCCAGGCGGUGCAGGCGGCUCUCGCCGUGCUGGAGACCGAGCCGGGAGCGACGGCCGAGGGGCUGCGGGAGGACGGCACCGAGGAGCGCACGGAGCGGAGCCGGGCGGAUAGCGGCGGUUCGGAGCUCGGCGCCGGGUGCUCGGCGCUGCUGGCACAGCUCGGCCGGCUCCGCGCGCAAACGGGCAGGUGGGGCCGGGCACUUGUGGGGCACGGGGACGGGGCGGCCCUGCGCGUCCCCUCGGUGCCAGUCCGCCGCGUCCCCGCCGCCCCCAGGCUGCUCUUCCAGCUGGCCGAGAAGGAGCGGGAGUGGCGGCGGUUGGCGCUUUGCUCGGGGGGCACCGCGGCCCCCGAUCUCCCCCCACUCUGCGAGGAGCCGGGGGGCACCCGGGGGGACGCCGCCGUGGGGCGGAGCCCCCCACCCCCAUCCCCUGAGCCCGGGGACCCGCUGCUCGUGGAGUGGCUGCAGCAGCGCGGCACGGACCCGGCCACCGCGGCCACGCUCCUGGCCCACGGCUUCACCCUGCGGGACCUGCUGGGCUCCGCCACCCGCGACGACCUGUUCUACACCGGGAUGAGGCGCGGCCCGGCGUACCGCCUGUGGGCGGCCAUCCUGCGGCACCGGCAGCGCGGAGCGGAGCCCAGCCCGGCAGCGGGGAGGUGACGCGGGGCCGGCGCGGCGGAGGGACGCGGCGACCGUCGGAGCAAUAAACACCGCCCAAAGGAG